UUCUUCCCCAAGUUAGCUACAAAAUCAAUCUACAAACUUCAUCAAGGCUCGAGAUAUUGACACGUCAUCACAACACCAUUUCCCGUCAACGAUCAGAACGUGCGUGGUAUUUAUAGCGUGUAGAUCAAGGGUUUCGUUUGAAAUUGCAUUUUCAUCCUUUCAUUCUUCAAGUUUUCAUCGCCUCAUACGGAAGAUCAAAUCAUGGGUCGCCGUGGCGGUAGCCGUAGCCGUAGCUCCGGUGGUGGAAGGUCUUCAGCGCCUCGUCCCGCAGCACGUCCUAGCCCAGCAGCUAAACCAACUCGUAAAUCGACUCCACCAGCUCCAGUCCAAACUAACUUCUGUGGAUUGUUUGGAGGAAGCCUUCGUCAAACAUUAACCGAUGUAUUGGCGUGGGGUUUUUCGAACGCGGUUGCGCAUAGAGUUAUGGACACACUUUUAGGACCUCGUACAAUUAGAGUCGAAGAAGUUGCUGCUGAAGCAGCGGCGGAAUCGCCUGCUCUAACGAGCGAUGUCAUGCUUGUGGAACGCACUUCAAUGCAUUCCAGGAAUGCUUGAACAGCAACUCGGGUGAGAUUAGCAAGUGUCAGUUCUACAUGGAUUUGUUGGCUGAUUGCAAGAAAAAUGCAGCAGAUACUGUGCUGGAUUCUUAAAUGUUGAAACUACUUUUUAUUAUUAUUUGCUUCGGAUAUUUACACUCUUUCCUUUAAUUUAUUUAUCAACCUUUUGUUAAAUAAUCCUCGACUAUAAUAAAACCUUUUUAUUUUUUAUUUUUUAUUAUCUUUUAUACUCAUAGCCAUUUUUCAUGCAUGCAUUUUUUUUUUUUUUACUUUUAUUGGCAUUACAUAUACAUGUAAAUAUAAAGAUUGUUUUUAUAUG